UCUCAUCUCAUUCUCAACUCUUCCAUCGAAGUGUAAACAUACGUUAUUAUCCGCGUGAACCCUUCAGGAGACUCUCGCGUGGAAACGAAAAGAAAUGGAUUUUGUAUGAUGUUGGAUCUUUAUCUUUAUUCAACAACUGCACGUCUGCGUUUCUGCGCAGAGAUAGUUAUCUGAACGUCUUGAAGAGCCGCGCGGACCGAGACACGAUGUGAACUUUCCAUCCAAAAAAUGCAACGACAAGAAUUGAAGAAUGGGCGUCGCGCAACCUUCCGGACAGUAACACGGUCAUACCGGGUGUGAAUUCCGUGUCGAUGACAGUCUGAAACGGAGAAAAUCAAGUAUUUCUUACUCAAAUGGAGCGGCACAGCAGUCUCGUUUUCAUUUGGCUGCAGCUCGAGCUGUGCGCGAUGGCUGUUCUCCUCACGAAAGGAGAAAUAAGGUGUUACUGCGAUGCUCCCCAUUGCGUUGCUACCGGUUACAUGUGCAAGUCGGAGCUCAACGCCUGUUUCACACGCAUCCUAGACCCUCAGAACACCAAGUCUCCUCUCUCGCACGGGUGUUACGACCCUCUGCUGAACUCUGGAGACAUUUGCCAUCCAGAGUCAAGCUAUGAUACCAUCCAUGGUGCAGCCACACUGCAGUGUUGCAAUGAAGAUAUGUGCAACUACAGAGGCCUGCAAGAUCUCACACACACAAGAGUUAAAAGCCAUGACAGAAAAACCGACGGCAGCCGUCACGUGAUUGCACGACUACAGGAAAUCCCCUCCUCCAAGGAGGUUUGGUUCCGUGCCGCCGUCAUCACCGUGCCAAUCGCUGGUGGCCUUAUCUUGGUGCUUCUCAUCAUGUUGGCGCUGCGCAUGCUCCGCAGCGAAAAUCGCAGGCUGAAGCAACAGCACCGAGAGAUGCUCUCCCGCCUUCACUACAGCUUCCACGGCCAGCACCUCUCCAAGGGUCACGUGGCCAAGCUGGACUUAGAGUGCAUGGUUCCUGUGGGAGGCCAUGAGAACUGCUGCCUGACCUGCGACAAGACCCGGCAGUCUGACCUUAGCGGUCAGAGGCUUCUGUCAUUGGUCAACUGGGGAAAAUACAGCGGCCGGGGCAAACUAGAGUUUGUCUGAUAGCUCUGGAGUUUGUUUUCCUUCUUGGAUAUGGAAGGGACUUGUUUAGCUAAGACUUUUUAUAAGGACCUUUCUGAAGGACCCUACUGCCAACGAGAAAUAAAAAGACACUUGAAAGCACUAACCGUAUGGUUGUUGCUCCAGAAGCACUUUAUUUGAAUGAGAGGCUUGAUGAGAUGAUGGACUGUUUGUAUUAUAGACUUUAGAGAUGUGGCUUCGUGCUGGUAUUCUUUCUCAUCGCUGAAGGAUUCCAAAACAUAUUUUUGUUUGAAAAUUUGCACUUUUUGUAUAAAUAAACUAAGGUUGAUUUGCUUUA